UGAAAUUUAACGUCCACGCAGUGCCCUCUUAGCCGUUGAUCGUUCACGAUGCGCCGAUAAUUCGUUGAACCAUCGCAAUAAUAAUACAACGAUAAUAUAAUAUAUGUAGUUCGAUUCAGAUGCAUAUCGAUAAUAGAUACUAUACGACCAAGCGUACAUACUAUUUGUCAAAUCAUUUUUUUCUCUUUGUUUUUUGAAAUCAUUUCAUUUGCGACGUUUUUAUUUACACAUCAUUUGUUCGUAUAGAGCACAUCUUCAUCGUUGUUCGAUUAUACCAGACGAGAAUAUCGUAAAACGAGAUCGCGUAUAUGUGAAGUUCUACUUUUGCGGAUUCGUGGAUUAACGACGGUUACCUAACCUAACAGAACGGAAAAGGACGAUGAACUUCUCCAAAAUACUGUAUAUAUCUAUACUAUACGUAUCAAUAUUGAAAUAUUCAGAAUCGCUGCCGUCAAAAGAAGUACCAUUUAAAUUCGAAAAUGGAAAAUCGGACAAACAUAUACUUGAUCAUCUAUUGAAUACUGAUAUUUAUGACAAGCGAUUAUUGCCACCAUCUUAUGGUCCUUCAAUUGUCAAUGUCAGUGUAGUGCUAUUUACAUUAUCAUCCCCCGAUGAAUCAAGCUUGAAAUAUGACAUCGAGUUUCUGCUGCAACAAGAAUGGUAUGACUCAAGGCUGCAGUUUCCCAAUCAGACAGCUUUCAGCGUUCUGAACGGCAUUCAUCACCAGGGUGACAUUUGGCUGCCGGAUACGAACUUUCACAUGCACGGUGACUUUAAGCCAACCCAGAGGCCCAUACGGUUCACUCUGAAUGUGUAUGGCGACGGCAGGGUAGAGUACACGACUAGGCGUCAUCUGAUGUUAUGUUGUGAAGGCUCGAUGAAUAUAUUUCCAUUCGAUCAGCCAUUAUGUACAUUUUCUAUGGAAAGCAUAUCAUAUGAAAAGUCUGAUUUAAAGUAUGUUUGGAAAGACGAUAAUUCAGUCUUAGUAAAGUCUCCUAAUUUGAAAACUUCAAAUGCUUACUUGGAGCGAAAUCGAACUUAUGAAUGUGCUUCUACUGGCAGUUGGAGAGGUAAUUACAGUUGUCUACAAGUAGAAAUGAUAUUUAGUAGAGAUAGAACAUUUUAUUUCGCUACUAUUUUCAUACCAGGCUUAAUUUUAGUUACCUCAUCAUUUAUCACAUUUUUCCUAGAAUGGGAUGCAGUACCAGCAAGAACAAUUAUUGGCGUUACGACUAUGUUGAAUUAUUUUACGACUUCCAACAGUUUCCGUCGGACUCUGCCCGAUGUAGCUAAUUUGACUGCUAUGAAUGUUUGGGAUGGAGUCUGUAUGUGUUUUGUGUUUGCUAGUUUCGUAGAAUUCGUAAUAGUAAAUUGUACAGGAAGAAGAAAAGUAAAAUCAAACAUUUCAAGUAACGCAGGGAAUGGCACUAUUUCAAAGAAGAGUUCCAAAGAAAUUAAAUGCCCAGAAUGCGCUCAAAAUGUAUGUUCACAUUCGCUCCUAAUAGAUGUUCUUCCAAAAACGAGUGAAAAGAUCUCGACGAAAUCGACUGACCCAGUCCAUUUGGCCAAGACGAUCGACAUGGUGGCCCGGUUCACGUUUCCGUCGGCGUUCGUAAUGUUUUUGGCGUUCUUCUUUUUCUACUACUCGGUGAAUGCUCACAAUCGUGGUAUAUCCGUUGGCACCGAUUAAAUCAGUUGUCGACUAUCUCAGUGGAAUGUACCGUGAAAGGCAAUCAAAGCAACCCAUCAACCCUUCCUCUAUCCCAUCCCUUUAGGUCGGCUUGAUAAAAAUAAGGCCCAAAACAGGGGGUUUCACAGUCAUGGCCCUUCUUGUUGUAAUUUAUUUAAGUAAAAUAUACUGUUUUACCACGUUUGUCCCCUUCAAAAUAUUAUAAUUAAAUUUAAAUUAAUAUUUUUGAAAAGAGAUCUCGGAAAACUAUUAUCAUCUAGUCUGAGAGUCACAAUUAUUGUAUUUUUUUUUUAUCUGUUUAUCUAAAUUUUUAUUUUUAGGAUUGCCAAUUCAUAAAUCUAAGAAGUGUAAUUGUGUAAAUAUUGUAGCGAUUGAAUUGUUUAUUUUUAUUAAACAGUAUUCAAAUA